AUGGCUGAAUCAGAAACGCCUCUAACGCCCCCUGAAUCAGACGGCGACUCUGAUGAGGACUCCGAUGUCUCUGAUGAGACGCAGGAGCCACGCCUGAUGCCUGAUGAACUUGGGGCUUUGUUUGUCAACUUUUAUUCGUUUCUCACAAGUUUACACUACGACAAGUCUCACCUCAAAAUCCCACCACCUACCGGAUGGUCACAAAUCACACCUGAGCACUGUGGACACUUCAAAUCCGACUAUGCUAUAGAAGUUAUCCGCCAUCUUCCGUACUUCGAUAGCACAUGUACCGAAUAUGUCCAUUACAAAUCCAAGCUUCUUGAUCUCACUGCCUUCACUCUCGACGAUUUUGAGAAGCACAAGAACUACCACCAAGACUGGGAAUUUUGGUCAUCGGAGGGAGAGCAGAUGGACCCAAGUGAUGUUGUUUGCAUUGCCGUGGGCCAUGAGAGCUUCAGUCGUGAGCUUUGGCUAAACGUCAAAGACUGUGAGAUCUUUGAAGACUUCCAUGCGGGUGAUAUGCUUGAUGCCGUUCCAGUCGAGGAAUUCUUCGACGACCUCAAGGAACGGUACCAGUCAUUGAAGCUCAUUCCCGGAAAACGCAGGAUUACAAUUGAGGCGGAAAAUGUGCCUGAACGAGAUGGAAGAAUCACGGAGGAAGAAGUUACUGACCAAACAGAGGAAUGGGGAACUGAUCUGGAUAUUCAGUAUGUGAGGCAGAUCUAUCGUGACCAUGGAUGGCCUGGGUCUUUCGAUCUGCAGACAGCAUCGGAGGCCAUCGACAAGUGGCUAGAACCCUUGGGAGGAGGCUCAGAAGGAGGGCCAAGAGGUCUCGUAUAG